AUGAAAGUGAGCGAAAGCGAACCGUCCGCCGCCGCCGGCCGUCACGGUUCCCAAGCUUGCGCUGCAUGCAAGUAUCAACGUAGAAAAUGUAAACCCGACUGCCCAUUAGCCCCGUUUUUUCCUUCGCAUGAUAAGGAGAGAUUCGGUAACGUUCACAAGCUUUUUGGGGUGGCCAACGUCACCAAAAUCCUCCAAGAAAUUCCCCCCAGUUUCAGAGAAAUCGCCAUGAAAUGUAUUAUCUAUGAGUCUUCUGCGCGUGCAAUUGCACCAGUGGGUGGGCUGGGGGAGGUGGGUAUGGGUUUGGAGCGGUUGAUUGCAGUUCACAUGGCGGAAUUGGAGGCUGUUCGUGGGCAACUCGAGGCAUUUCGGGCCAUGGAGAGAGCGAAUGGGGAGGGUUGUGAUGCGUCGGCGCAGUGUGAAACGACGUCGUUUGUGGGUGGUGGACAGUCAAGUACGGACGAGUGUGAAGGUGUGAUGGAGGUCAGUGGUCAUGGAGGGCUGUCACUGCGCUUUAACUCCUCCAGGUUUGAGUUCUUUGUCUGA